AUGUCGGUUGUAAAGAUGCUGAUUGUGAUUGUAGCCGUAUUUUGUAUCAUGUGGAUGCCUUACAGAACAGUCGUAGUAUACAAUUCCUUCAGUGAUUAUAAUAUUUCAAAUGUCUGGUUUUGGCUUGUGUGUAGGAUAAUGGUUUAUACUAACAGUGCUAUUAACCCUAUACUUUAUAAUGCUAUGUCGAUGAAGUUUAGAGAAGCAUUUACAGCUAUAUUGUGUCAUAGACAACUUGUCAAGCAAAGAUGCCGUCGAUGUAGCCAAAAUCUUGGCACUCACGAACCAACUGUUGGAAGUCCUCGUAAAAAUCAGAACUAUUCUCUUGUGACGUCAACUACCGGUCAUAUGUUACAAUUGGAACAGAAUGAACUAUAUGAACUAAAUGAGAAGAUUUCUAACGAAGAAAGAUGUAGUUCGUGUAUCGAUGUUAACGGCUACCUAUCAGAUAGUGAGAAGAGAACAAAUGGAUCUUUAUAGAUCCUUUUUUGUAAAUGUUCGGGUUUCUUUGAUUAAUUUUAGAUAUUCAUUUAUGUUUGCAUAUACUUCUUUAAAUGCGUUUGGCCAGUCUCUACGAACGAUUAUAUCUAUAUUUCCCAUUGACAA